GAGAGAGAGAGAGACAGAGAGGCCACUUUUUUAUGGCUAACGAAUAAAACGAAGCCGGUUUUAUGUGUUGAGGACAAAGAGCGUCGAGCCUUUCCGUGUCAGUGAGUCAUGGAGGAGGUCAGCAAUGUAGCUGUACUCAUCCCCCACUCCUCCACCGCCUCCUCUUCCUCCUCCGCUGCGUCAGCACUGGGAUCCCUCUCUCAAAGCCGAACCCGGCAAGACGUCAAGGGGGACGCCUCCCACAGUUUUCAGCAGAAACAGGCCGCAGACUCGCUCAUCCAGGUGAUCGAGAAGCUCAGCAAAAUCGUGGAGAAGCGGCCCCAGCGCCGCUGCACCUUGGCGGGACAGAAGAGAGCCGCCUCUGCGGAGGGAGGAGGAAGAGGUGAGGAGGAGGAGGAGGAGGAGGAGGGGGGGAGGAGGGGGAGCAGAGGAGGAUCCCCCUUUAAGAAAAUUAAGAAGGAGCAGGAGAGCGUAGAGGAGGAGGUGCGAUUGGACGGUGGUGCAACUCUUUCUCCGCCUGUGCCUGGUGACGGCAACAACAACAGCAUCGCCACCGCGGCAACGGAGGCAGCCAGCGACCCCGACAGCGGCGACCACAAGCGGACGGUGACGUGCUAUCAGUGCAGCCUGUGUCCCUAUCUCUCCCAAACACUGCCGCUGCUGAAAGAGCACCUGAAGCAGCACAACGAGCAGCACAGCGACCUCAUCCUCAUGUGCUCAGAGUGUCGCUUUACCUCCAGGGACCAGGGCCAGCUGGAGGCCCACGUCAGACUGCACAUCGACACCGCUAAGGACGAGGUUCUGAGGAAGCAGGACGGCAGCGGCGUGGCAACCGAGGCGAUCAGAAGCUCGCUGGACGGUUCCAGGGAGCUGCCGCAGAAGAAGAAGUGGUACAGCUACGAGGAGUACGGCUUGUACCGCUGUCUGAUCUGCAGCUAUGUGUGCAGCCAGCAGCGGAUGCUCAAGACCCACGCCUGGAAGCACGCCGGCCUGGUCGACUGCUCCUACCCCAUCUUCGAGGACGAAGACGGGGCCGUCGCGAGCAGAGAGGCCCCGGCCACAGCCAACGCGGCGACCAGGGAGGAAAUAGUCGUUCUCUCCCCGGGCCUUCAAGACAAAAGCCUGCAAAAGCUGCCCGCCGCCUUCCAGCUCCGCGUGCCGAUGGCCGUCGAGAGCAAAUGGGAUGCGCUGAAUCAUCCGGUUUCUGAUCGCGACGUAAGCCUGAAGACAGAGGAGGAGAGGGUGUACCCCAUCAAACACAUGACCUCAGAGGAGCCCGUGGUGGAGGUGCAGGUUACGACAGAGGCGGAGUCCGAGGUGGAGAUCAGCAGUCAUCAUCAUGACGGCACCUCUGUGACAGACAGCUUACUGUCAUCAGCUCAGAAGAUCAUCAACAGCGGUCCCAACAGCGCCGGCCACAUCAACGUGAUCGUAGAACGCCUCCCCUCGGCCGAGGAUUCGGUCAUGGCGACGAACCCGCUUCUUCUCAGCCCGGACGUGGACAGGGACAAGAACUUAGCGGGUGCAGGGGAGGAAGAGCGGGGCCAUGCGGGAGCUGCAGAGGGUGAGGCGGUCCCCGCUGCCACCGCCGGACAGCCAUUAGGAGCUGACGUUAAACCCUCUGUGGGUAGUGACUCUCCACGGGAUGAGAACAUUCCCCCGGCCAGUCGCAAGAGGACACAUUCUGAGUCCCUCCGCCUGCACUCUCUGGCAGCUGAGGUCCUCGUCGCUAUGCCCAUGAGGACCCCCGACCUCCCCACCAAGGUAAGUCUGAAGACCAUCACAGCCCAGGCACAGAGCCCCAACUCCGGCCAGAAGCUCGUAGAGGCUGGGCAGAGGGCUUCCGACGCAGAGACAACAGCAGCUCUGCUGGACUUGGAGCUUCACGGAGGGGGCAGAGAGGAAGAUUUGGGGUCCCUGUGCCUUGAGGAGGGGGACGAGGAGGGCCCCGCCACUAAAGCCGGCAUCAGCCUGUCGCUGCUCACCGUCAUCGAGAGGCUUCGAGAGCGCUCGGACCAGAACGCCUCGGAUGAGGACAUCUUAAAAGAGCUUCAGGACAACGCCCAGUUUCAAAACGGAGCAGUGGUCACGGGGAACGGAGCCGGGGGCUACAUGUGUGGCAUCCCGGGAAUGGACGGGUUGGUUGCUUCUGCCGACGGCGGCCUGGUGGACUACAUCCCCGGUAGCGAGCGGCCGUACCGGUGCCGCUUGUGCCGCUACAGCAGCGGCAAUAAGGGCUACAUCAAACAGCACCUGCGGGUGCACAGGCAGAGGCAGCCGUACCAGUGUCCCAUCUGUGAGCACAUCGCCUCGGACAGCAAGGACCUGGAGAGCCACAUGAUCCACCACUGUAAGACCAGGAUGUACCAGUGCAAGCAGUGUCCAGACGCCUUCCACUACAAGAGUCAGUUAAGAAACCAUGAAAGGGAGCAGCACAGCUUCAGCGGGGACACGGCAGCCCUCACACCAGUUACUGAAACCGUGGCCAUGGUGGAGGAAGCCGAGCGGGUAACGGAUGAAGAUUGUGGUUUGCAGAAGGUGUAUAAGUGCGACGUGUGCGACUACACCAGCUCCACGUAUGUUGGGGUCAGGAACCACCGUCGGAUUCAUAACUCCGACAAGCCUUACCGGUGCUGUAGCUGUGAUUUUGCCACCACCAACAUGAACAGUUUAAAGAGCCACAUGAGGAGGCACCCUCAGGAGCAUCAGGCCGUGCAGCUGCUGGAGCAGUACAGGUGCUCUCUGUGUGGCUAUGUGUGCAGUCAUCCCCCGUCCCUCAAGUCCCACAUGUGGAAGCACGCCGGAGACCAGAAUUACAACUACGAGCAAGUUAACAAAGCCAUUAACGAGGCCAUCUCCCAGAGCAGCCGAGCUCCUCAGAAGUUGUCGGCGGUGCUGGAGUCGUCGGCAGAGCGCCCCGCGGUGGCUCCGCCCUCAAAGGACAGAGCACAGGGCCCAGUGGAGCCGCUGCCAGCACCCAUGACGACGACGACGGCGACGGCCCCCAGCGUGGCCGUGGACAGCUCGGCGGGCGUGUUUACGGACCCCUCACAGGGGAAGGACCCCGCUCAGCCUCAGCGCCCCUCUCCGGGCCCCGGCCUAGAAUACUGCGUGCUCCUGUUCUGCUGCUGCAUCUGCGGCUUCGAGUCCACCAGCAAAGAGCGGCUGAUGGAGCACAUGAAGGAGCACGAGGGGGACAUAAUCAGCAUCAUCCUCAACAAGGAGCAGCAGCAGCAAGCAGAAGCACAAACAGCAGAGUGAGA